AUUUGUGCGCGCUUUGACAAUAAACUGUGACGACAGACAGUUUAAGUUUGUAUGUUGGCACUAAUUGUUAAUUCAAAUUAAACAGAAAAAAAGUUCGAUCAAAACAAUAGUGUGUGCUGUGGUAUGUUUCCGAAACAUUUGAACCAUUCCAUAGUGUUAAUAAUUUAAAUUAGACUUUUUAAAAAAUGCCGGAACGUUUUCGUGUUUCAAAAUCCGAAGAUCCAAAAAACAUUUUUGUUAAAUAUAGUGACUCGCAUUUGUCAGAAGACGAAGAUCAUGUGAAAGAAAAGCUCCUGCCAUCGAAUAAUUCCGAGUAUAAGAAGACAUCCGGUCAAGGAGAUGGCGCCGAAGAGCAACCUUUUGUGUCGGAAAAGAUGUCGGGGUACGAGACGAACUUGUACCUCUACUCCGAGGAGAUGGAGGACAGACCCAGGAUAUCUACCCUCAUAAGCUCAUUAGCGAACUACUCGAACACCAUUCCUCCAGCAUCCAAUGAUCCCGAUGCACGGCCGGCCGGUGGGGGCGCCCGUAUGGGCACCCUCAUGGGCGUCUAUCUCCCCUGUAUCCAGAACAUCUUCGGCGUGAUUCUUUUCAUUCGGUUGACGUGGGUGGUGGGCACAGCAGGGGCGAUUCAAGGCUUCCUUAUCGUGUUGUGCUGUUGCUGCGUCACCAUGCUGACCGCCAUCUCCAUGUCGGCGAUCGCCACCAACGGGGUGGUGCCCGGGGGCGGCAGUUAUUUCAUGAUAUCCAGGUCACUUGGUCCAGAGUUUGGCGGCGCUGUUGGCAUGCUGUUUUACACAGGGACGACGUUAGCAGCCGCGAUGUACAUCGUCGGUGCUGUUGAAAUUGUCUUGACCUACAUGGCUCCUUGGUUAUCAAUUUUUGGGGAUUUUACAACAAAUCAGGACGCAAUGUACAACAAUUUUCGGGUCUAUGGAACUGGGUUACUCGUGGUGAUGGGAACUAUUGUGUUCGUCGGGGUGAAGUUUGUCAACAAAUUUGCCGCCGUUGCUCUUGCAUGCGUCAUUCUCUCCAUACUGGCUGUGUACAUUGGAAUAUUCCGCAAUAUCAACGGCAAAGAUGACUUGCAAAUGUGCGUUCUUGGUAAACGAUUGUUACGUGUCCCGGCUGCUGAUUGUUACAAAAACGGUAGUGGUUUCAUACACAACAUGUUUUGUCCUAAUGGAACCGCUAGUUGCGAUCCGUACUAUGAACGUAAUGACGUAAGGCUAGUUCAAGGGAUUAAAGGGUUGUCAUCCGGUGUGAUUUUGGACAAUAUCUACGAUAGCUUCUUGGAAAAUGGACAGUACAUAGCAAUAGGGAAUAAUCCUGAGGAUAUUGAGCCAAUGGAACCUCACAGAGACACUGCCCAAGUGACGGCAGAUAUAACAACAACUUUUACAAUUUUGAUCGGAAUAUUUUUCCCUUCAGUGACUGGUAUUAUGGCUGGGUCUAAUCGUUCGGGUGAUUUAGCUGAUGCCCAAAAAUCUAUACCAAUCGGAACAAUUUGUGCCAUUUUAACAACGUCGACUGUGUAUUUAUCAUCUGUGAUUCUCUUCGCUGCUACUGUCGACAACCUUCUACUUAGAGAUAAAUUUGGCUCAUCUAUAGGAGGUAAAUUAGUUGUAGCCAACAUGGCGUGGCCAAACGAAUGGGUCAUUUUAAUCGGAUCAUUCCUUUCGACCCUUGGCGCUGGUCUCCAGUCACUGACUGGAGCUCCUCGCUUACUCCAAGCCAUCGCCAAAGACGGUAUCAUUCCAUUUUUAUCACCGUUUGCCGUAUCAUCAAGCCGUGGCGAGCCAACCCGAGCAUUAUUAUUAACUAUUGUCAUUUGUCAGUGUGGUAUAUUAUUAGGAAAUGUUGAUCUUUUGGCGCCCUUACUCUCGAUGUUUUUCUUAAUGUGCUACGGUUUUGUAAAUCUCGCUUGCGCUUUACAAACAUUACUACGAACACCCAACUGGAGACCAAGAUUUAAAUAUUACCAUUGGUCCCUCUCAUUUAUCGGCUUAUCGUUGUGCAUAGCAAUAAUGUUUAUGACCUCUUGGUACUUUGCGCUUCUCGCCAUGGGAAUGGCAGGCUUGAUCUAUAAAUACAUCGAAUACAGAGGUGCCGAGAAAGAAUGGGGUGACGGCAUUCGAGGUCUAGCGUUGUCAGCAGCGCGAUAUUCAUUACUCCGCCUAGAAGAGGGUCCUCCCCACACCAAAAACUGGAGACCUCAGCUCCUCAUUCUCGUUAAAUUAACAACUGAUCUCGUUCCGAAAUACAGAAAAUUAUUUGCUUUCGCGUCGCAACUCAAAGCUGGGAAGGGUUUGACAGUUUGCGCUGCUGUAAUUGGCGGCGAUUUUACACGAUCGUACGGAGAAGCGAUGGCAGCUAAACAAAGCUUGAGAAAAACCAUGGACGAAGAACGGGUCAAGGGUUUUGUCGAUAUUCUAGUGGCACGCAACAUUACCGAAGGAUUAUCUAACUUAGUGCAAACUUCUGGUCUUGGUGGCAUGAAGCCGAAUACGGUGAUUUUAGGAUGGCCGUAUGGCUGGCGACAGUCGGAAGAUGAGCGCACGUGGCAGGUUUUCUUGCAAACUGUUCGGAAUGUGACAGCCGCACACAUGGCGUUAUUAGUUCCUAAAGGUAUCAACUUUUUCCCGGACUCUACGGAGAAAGUCUUCGGGAAUAUCGAUAUCUGGUGGAUUGUUCAUGACGGUGGUCUUCUCAUGUUGUUACCCUUCCUUCUCAAACAGCACCGCACUUGGAAAAAUUGCAAGAUGCGCAUUUUCACUGUUGCUCAAAUGGAAGACAAUUCCAUCCAAAUGAAGAAAGAUCUAAAGACGUUCUUGUAUCACCUCCGAAUUGAAGCAGAAGUUGAAGUCGUUGAAAUGAUGGACAGCGAUAUUUCGGCAUACACCUACGAAAGGACUCUGAUGAUGGAACAGCGGAAUCAAAUGUUGCGAGAACUUCGUCUCAACAAAAAAGAAAGUUUGGGUGUGGUGGAUUUGGUGGAUUUCAAUGAAAUGUCAACUGAAGAGAAGCUGCCUCUGGUUCAGUCAAUUGUAGAUCAACACCAUCAAAAUAUCGAUGCUAAAACAGCCACCAAAGUUAGGUUCCAGGAACCUAGCGCUGAAGGCGAUAAAGAUAACAAAGCGGCUGAAACGGAACCGACAAACGAGCCUAAUUCACAGACGAAACCCGAGGAUAACGAUAAUUCAACAACAGAGAAAGAAGAUCCGUCGGAGAAAGAAUGCAAUGAGGAAACAAAAGAGAACAAUAUCUCCUCCGAAGAGAAAAAGAAACCCGCAACGAUAACCCCUGACGAAGGCAACGUCCGUCGGAUGCAUACAGCUGUAAAAUUAAACGAAGUGAUAGUGAAUCGUUCUCACGAAGCUCAGCUUGUGAUCUUGAAUUUACCCGGCCCUCCAAAAGACACCAAGAUGGAAAGAGAAUCCAAUUAUAUGGAAUUCUUGGAAGUGCUCACUGAAGGUUUGGAACGUGUGCUCAUGGUCCGUGGUGGCGGUCAAGAGGUCAUAACUAUCUAUUCGUAACUUAAAUAUGGGAUUAGAUUUCGAAAUUGGAGUGUCAGUUUUGUAUUGUCUGACAGCCAAGCAGUUAAUCAAAGGACAUUGCUAUGGAAAUGGCGAUAGCCGAACAGUAUUUAAUUAUAAAAUGUUACCACGUCUGGAUAGUGAUUAUGCCAAAGAGAUACUUAUUUAUUCUUCUCAAUGUUAUAGAUUGUAUGAGCGGUGAAGUUGGAGGAUGUACAGGUAGAAUGAUGGUAAUCGUUUUUCUGUACCGUCUCCUGCUGGAACCGACGUGAUUCUCUAUCCUAUGUAAUACUGUAUCAAAUCAAAAUGAUGUUCCGCGAAGUGCUCACUUUUCUAUGAGAACGGCUGGGCCAUGCCAAAUGCCACUUGAGUGCAUGCAGUGUUAUGAUAGGGCGUAGCGUAAGACUUGGUAGAAUAGCCUAAUACUGCUAACACUAACGAGUGUAUUCAUGUAGUUUCGUUAGUUCUGUUAUAUAUCAUAUUACAUUUAAUGUCCAGCGAAUUUCUUUUACACUCAACUAAUAUCGAUACUUAGAGUGUCAUUUUAUAAAUUCAGUAAACAUAAAGUGAGUGUGUACUUAAGUACGCUAUCAUCUCAGUCUCAUUAGGUGGUAAAAUACGCGUAUAUGGUAUAUACUAUAAGAACAUUACUGAGCAAUAUUAACUAAUAAUUACUGUAUUAAAUGUCAAAUUAAUUAUGAAGUGAUAGGAUAUUCACAUGUACAAUCUAUACCGACCGCCGGAGGGCGGGCUCUCCGUGCUGUGACAGGUGACAGUGCUCACUCACGAUCAGUUCUCUUGCAUGCUGCGACCGACUCUGUCUCGUGCGGCCUGCCGUAGAGAUAAUAGUGCACUAGUGAUCUCAACUAGCCUUAAAGGUACCUUGAAAUAUUAAAUUCUAUUUAUUUAUAUCUAUGUGUCACUAAAUUAGCUGCUGCCAGAUUACGCCAUUCUACAUCAACCACUUAUGACUGUUGGUGCCCGCGUCCCAGUGGCGUUCAAAUAGAAUUUAUUUAUUGUCAUCCGAGCUAGUCGUUAUCACUUUUAUACGUUCGAUUAUUAUCAUUUCUACCCAAUCUCCAUCUAUUUACCAUUAUUGUAAAUGGCGCAAUCUGUUUAUCUUAUUAUUGACAAUGUGUUCAUUGGAUAAAAAUAUUAAAUAAAAUUACAUAGUAUA